AUGCUCCACCGUGAUCCAAAUUCUCCAAUUCUUUGCGAAUGGGAAUCUGAAGCAGAUCAGUCGAGCAACGUCUUGCAUCUCAGUAUAUGUAACAUAAUGGUACCUGAAACUUUCCUAGAGCAGGAGGAGCUACUUCGAAGUGCCUCAUCCCUAAAAGGAGACACUGAGACCUCAACUAGCUCCAGGCGACAGAAAGACAACCUUGACAUAAAUGGGACUAAUAUUUUGGAUGUCUAA